AUGUCCCUUAACUUUCCCGGCACUGUGAGAGUGGAUACCCAUUCCACCGUGGUGGUUUCUCAUGAUGACAAAAACGGUGUCCCUCGUUACGAGGGCUUUAACGAUACGACUUCCAAGGAGGUCCAGGAGCUCGCACGCACGUUGUCUCGUCGGUCACGCGCCGAUUCCUCCGACCUCCAGCGCACAUUGACCAACAUGUCGCAAGUUCCGGGUAAAAAUCCGUUCAAUACCGACACUGGUGACGAGCGCUUGGACCCCGCGUCCCCCAACUUCAACUCCCGCUUCUGGGUGAAGAAUCUCCGCAAGUUCACGGACCUGGAUCUUGAACACUACAAGCCGGCCUCCCUCGGCAUUGCCUACAAGAACCUCCGUGCUUACGGCGUUGCAACAGACGCCGACUACCAGGCAACCAUUUCCAACGCGAUCUGGAAGACCGCAUCGCAGCUUGCACUGUCCUUCGGCCCUACCAACCCGGACAAGUACUUUGACAUCUUGAAGCCGAUGGACGGGAUUAUCAAGCCGGGUGAGGUGACCGUGGUCCUUGGCCGUCCCGGUGCCGGUUGCACGACGCUUUUGAAAACCAUCGCCUCGCAGACCUACGGGUUUCACAUAGACAAGGAAUCCCAGAUCACUUAUGACGGAUUGACACCGGAUGAUAUCCAGAAGCACUACCGAGGUGACGUGGUGUACUGCGCCGAAACUGAGACCCACUUCCCUCAUUUGACCGUCGGUCAGACCUUGGAGUUUUCUGCCAAGUUGCGCACCCCCCAGAACCGUCCUGCGGGAGUCUCGCGUGAGGAAUUUGCCAAGCACAUGAGCGCCGUGGUCAUGGCAACCUAUGGCUUGUCCCAUACCCGCAACUCCAAGGUCGGCAACGAUCUUGUGCGUGGGGUUUCCGGUGGUGAGCGGAAGCGUGUGUCUAUCUGCGAGGUUGCGCUUGCCGGUGCCUCUUUGCAAUGCUGGGAUAACUCCACCAGGGGGUUGGAUGCGGCCACUGCGUUGGAAUUCAUCAAGGCAUUGAAGACAUCGGCAACGGUUUCGGCGGCUACUCCACUCAUCGCUAUCUACCAGUGUUCCCAGGACGCGUACGACUUGUUCGACAAGGUGAUCCUCUUGUUUGAAGGGUACCAGAUCUUUUUUGGUGAUACCCGCACUGCCAAGGAGUACUUUGUGGAAAUGGGCUACGAAUGUCCACAGCGCGCCACUACCGCAGACUUCUUGACCUCCCUAACCAACCCGGCCGAGCGAGUGGUGCGCCCGGGCUUUGAGAACAAGGUGCCCCUCACACCAAGAGACUUCUAUGACGUGUGGAACGCAUCGCCGCAGCGCGCGGCGCUCGUGCAAGAGAUCGACGCCCACUUCGCUGCCGUGCAGGUAGCAGGCAAAGAGGGCAACACAUUACAAGCGGCGCACAAGGCACGCCAGUCCAAUCACUUGCGUCCGGCCUCCUCCUUCACGGUAUCGUACUGGAUGCAAGUGCGCUACAUCAUGGGGAGAAACAUCCAGAGAACAUGUGGGGAUCCGUCGAUCACCAUCUUCUCGGUGUUUGGGAAUACCGCGAUGGGGCUCAUUCUUUGCUCGGUGUUCUACAACCUUGCACCCGUCACGGACUCCUUCUUCUACCGUACCGGGGCCAUGUUCCUUGCGCUUUUGUUCAACGCUUUCUCGUCCUUGUUGGAAAUCUUCUCACUCUAUGAGGCACGUCCGAUCGUGGAAAAGCACAAGUCCUACGCGUUGUACCACCCGUCUGCGGACGCGCUUGCGAGCAUCAUCACGGAGCUUCCGGCCAAGCUCUUGACGUGCAUCGCGUUCAACUUGAUCUUCUACUUCAUGGUCAACUUCCACCGAACCCCGGGUCGCUUCUUCUUCUAUCUCCUCAUGAACUUUACCUCUACCUUGGCCAUGUCGCACUUGUUCCGCUGCAUCGGGGCUUCCACCAAGUCCUUGUCCGAGGCGAUGACCCCGGCCUCUAUCCUCUUGCUCGCCUUGACCAUCUACACCGGAUUCGUGAUUCCGACGCCAAAGAUGCUUGGUUGGUCUCGCUGGAUCAACUACCUCGACCCUGUGGCCUACUCGUUCGAAGCCUUGAUUGCCAACGAGUUCCACGGCAGACAGUUUGCCUGCUCGACCGUUGUUCCCGCCGGCAAUGGCUAUUCCCUGGAAGCCGGACAGUCCACCAUCUGCUCUGUGGUCGGUUCAGUGGCGGGUCAGGACUUUGUCGAUGGUGACGCCUACAUAAACUCUGCCUUUGCGUACUACAACAGCCACAAGUGGAGAAACUGGGGGAUUGUGUUUUCGUUCGUGGUGUUCUUCUUGUUCAUCUACAUUGUGCUCACCGAGUACAACCGCGGUGCCAUGCAGAAGGGUGAGAUUUUGUUGUUCCAGAAGAAGUCACUCAAGAAGCUCAAACAGGCCAAGAACCUCAGAGACAUCGAGACGGGUGCAUUGGAGAGAGUAACUCCCGAACAGGAGAAGGGUGACACCAACUCAUCCUCCUCCGACAACAAGCUCCCUUCGUCGACCGACAUCUUCCACUGGAGAGACCUCACCUACCAGGUGAAGAUCAAGACCGAGGACCGAGUGAUUUUGAAUUCCGUAAACGGCUGGGUCAAGCCUGGCCAGUUGACGGCACUCAUGGGUGCUUCUGGGGCCGGUAAGACCACCUUGUUGAACGCCUUAUCCGACAGACUCACCUCAGGUGUCAUAACCUCCGGGACCAGAAUGGUCAACGGGAGAGAGCUUGACGACUCGUUCCAGCGCUCCACGGGCUACGUCCAACAGCAGGAUUUGCAUCUUCAGACCUCCACCGUCAAGGAAGCACUCCGGUUUUCCGCCAACCUCCGCCAGCCGGCACUGGUUCCGCAACAGGAAAAGGACGACUAUGUUGACUACAUUAUUGGGUUAUUGGAAAUGGAGAAGUACGCUGAUGCCGUGGUUGGUGUGGCCGGCGAGGGAUUGAAUGUCGAACAGAGAAAACGGCUCACCAUCGGCGUGGAGUUGGUUGCGAAGCCAAAGUUGUUGUUGUUUUUGGAUGAGCCUACCUCCGGCUUGGACUCCCAAACGGCCUGGUCGAUCUGUAAAUUGAUGAGAAAGUUAGCUGACAACGGACAGGCAAUCUUGUGCACCAUUCACCAGCCCUCGGCCGUACUCCUUAAGGAGUUCGACAGACUUUUGUUCUUGCAGAAGGGUGGUAACACCGUCUACUUUGGCGACUUGGGCGAAAACUGUGACACCUUAAUCGACUUUUUCGAGAAAUAUGGUGCCCCAAAGUGUCCCCCUGAAGCUAAUCCUGCCGAAUGGAUGUUGGAGGUCAUCGGUGCCGCUCCAGGUUCCCACGCUAACCAGGACUACCACGAGGUCUGGAUGAAUUCGGUCGAAUUCGGCAACGUGCAGAGCGAGUUGAACCACAUGGAGCAAGAGCUUUCCAAGCUUCCUCGCGACGACGACCCCGAGUCCCGCAAGGAGUAUGCAGCCUCUAUCCCGUACCAGUACUCCCUUGUCACCAAGCGCGUAUUUGAGCAGUACUGGAGGACUCCGUCCUACAUUUACUCCAAGCUUUUCUUGGCCAUCUCCUCCUCAUUGUUCAACGGCUUCUCUUUCUUCAAAGCGGACAAGUCGCUUCAAGGGUUGCAGAACCAGAUGUUCUCGGUCUUUAUGUUUUUGGUUAUCUUCAACACGUUGGUUCAGCAGUACCUCCCUCACUUUGUGUCUCAGAGAGAUUUGUACGAAGCCAGAGAACGUCCAUCCAAAACGUUUUCGUGGUAUGCGUUCAUCACCGCCCAGAUCACUUCUGAGAUUCCAUGGCAGUUUCUCUCCGGGACCAUUGCCUUCUUCUGCUGGUAUUACCCUAUCGGCUUGUACCAAAAUGCCGUCCCUACCGACACCGUCAACGCCAGGGGUGCGGUCAUGUGGAUCACCAUUGUUUUAUUCUUCAUUUACACCUCCACCAUGGGCCAGCUUUGUAUUUCCUUCAUGGAGCUUGCAGACAACGCUGCCAAUUUGUCGUCGCUUUUAUUCACCAUGUGUCUCAACUUCUGUGGUGUACUUGCCGGUCCAGGUAAGUUGCCAGGUUUCUGGAUCUUCAUGUAUCGAUGCAACCCGUUCACCUACUUGGUUCAGACUGUCUUGAGUAACGGUCUUGCCAACUCCAGCGUAACCUGUUCUCUGACCGAGUUGUUGAAGUUUACUCCACCACUGGGACAAUCCUGUAGCCAAUAUAUGGAGGCCUACAUUUCCACAAGAGGUGGCUACUUGGUUUCUGGAGCUUCCACGGAUAUAUGUGAGUAUUGUACUAUUUCCCUGACCAACACUUACCUUGCCAGUGUCAACAGUUUGUACUCCGAGAGAGGCAGAAACAUUGGGAUUUUUAUCUGUUUCAUUGUCAUCAACAUUAUUGGUACCAUUCUUUUCUAUUGGUUGGCAAGGGUACCAAAGGGUAACAGAGAGAAGAAGUAG